AUUCAAAAACUAAAAAACGAACAAGCCCUUAAUUACAGUUCCCAGAUCGCUGAUCACCACAUAUCCUCAAACCCGUGUGCAUUCUCGUUAUUUUCACAAAAUUGUACGUUACUGGAUUUACUUAGAGAAAAAAAAAAGGAAGAAGGAAGCUGCAAAUUGGAUUCGUAUCUCCACACCUUUAUCUUGAGAAAGUGCGGAUUUUUCUCAGCGUUCUGGGGCUGCGUCGAAGAUUAUUGGUGAGGUUUUGCUAGAAAAGGAACUUCAGAAACUAUGAAGGUCUCAUCACCAUAUCCAGUUCUUGACAAUCGGCCAAUCGAUCAGUGGAAGGUUACAGAACUGAAAGAAGAGCUUAAGAGACGGAAAUUAAUUACAAGGGGUUUGAAAGAAGAUCUAAUUAAACGGUUGGAUGGGGCGAUUAGAGAGGAAAGUGAGUCCGCUAUGGAAAAUGCUGAUAAGGGUUUUGAUGGUACUCUGCAACCGGUGCUUCAAGCUGGAGAUGCAGGGACAGUUUCAGCUGUUUGUGAAACGAUUGGGGACAUGAUGAAUGACGGCAACAAGAUUAACGAGGUAGAUGGUGGAAUAAAUCAUGCUGAUGCUGUUAAAGAGGGGGAAGUAACCGGGGAGACUGAUUCUGCUAGGGAUGAGGAGAUGGUGUUCAAUGACAGUUAUGGAGAAACCAGCGUCGUAGUAGAAGAUAGUGUGGUAUCUGAAGUAGCUGUGAAUGUACAAGAGUCACAGAACAAUGACUCACAGAAUGUGAGGGGGGAUAAGAAUUCUGAGCUGGAGAAGGAGAUAAAGCCUCCUCGUGAAGCUAAUGAGCUCAACUCUUCUGACCCAAACAUCCAGGUAUCUGAGGUCAGCACUGUUUUAGGGUUUCAAGUAAAAUCUGAUUCUAUUUCUACUGAUUGUGUCUCAAUUAAUGAAAAAAUUGAACUAAAAGAUAAUAUAAUUGCUGAUAAUGUUAAAUUAGAACUAGAUGUUAAGACUGAGAUGGUCCAGCCAUCAUCAAGCAAUGUUUUCCCAGACGGUGGCAAACUGCAUCCCAUGGAUGUUGAAGACCCCCAUGAAAAAAAGUUACCUGUUGAGGAAGAAGGAAACAUCCAUGUUGCUAAUUCAGAGAUGAGCAACAAAAAUUUUGGUGCAGAUGUGGUUUCUUCAGAGAAAUUAAAUUUGGACCGAACUUCUGGUGAUGAUGAUUUAGUGGAGGAUGAUGCGUUGGAAAGUAAACAAAUAGUUUCCAAUUAUAAUUCAGACAAAGUGGUAGAUAUGGAGGAGAAAAUGGAAGUUUCUGUGGUGGAGGAAGCUCUUGCUGAUGAUAUGCAGGAUGAUAUGCCUGUCGAUGAUGAAGACAUUCUUGAGGAAAACAUUAAUCCACCCGCUGCUCUCACUGUGAAAAGAAAGAUUCAUGAUGUGGUUUCUUCAGAGAAAUACAAUUUGGACCAAAGUUCUGGUGACAAUUCGAUGGAGGAGGAUGAUGAAUUGGAGAGUAAGUCAGUCAUUCCUAAGUCUAGCCCAGAUGAAGUCGUGGAUAGGAAGGUGAAAACGGAAGUUCCUGUGGUGGAGGCGGCGGCUCCUGCUGGUGAUAUGCAGGGUGACAUUGCUGUGGACAAUGAAGACAGUCAUGAUGAUACUAAGAAUGCUCCUGAUGCACCCACUGUGAAAAGGAUGCUUCAUGCUGCUUUUACAGACCAAGAGGUACUUGGGAAGGAUGAGACUCCCAAGAGGCAAAGGAGGUGGUGGAACUCUGAAAACCUUAGAGUUCCUGAUCCUCAAAGCAGCAUUGCAUCUUCUACUACACCUAAGGAUGUCUUCCCUUCUACUCCCUUGAAACGCCAGUUCUCCAGAUCUAACUCUGGAGCUAGUGAUGAUGCACCCAAGGAACGUGUUGUUCCACCAUCACCAAAACCUCCUACGAAUUCUCUGAGAAUUGAUCAUUUUCUGCGUCCAUUUACCCUAAAAGCUGUGCAAGCACUUCUAGGGAAAACUGGUACCAUCUCCAGUUUCUGGAUGGACCACAUCAAAACCCACUGCUAUGUCACUUAUUCUUCUGUGGAAGAAGCCGUAGAGACUCGAAAUGCAGUCUACAACUUACAAUGGCCUACUAACGGAGGACGCCUUCUUGUGGCUGAGUUUGUUGACCCUCAGGAAGUGAAAAUACGAGUGGAAGCUCCUCCUCAAUCACCCUCAACUCCAGUCACUCCCGGGCCCACUAUCCCUCCAGCUGCACCAACAUUGCAAUUGCAACCCCAACCUUCACCCCGCCAAGUUGUUCAGAAGGAGAAGCUCCCACCACCACCUCCUCUGUCUAAUCCUCCACAGGCAAGGGAACGACUCCCGCUUCUGCCCCCACCUCCGCUUCCUGAGAAACUGGACCCACCCAUUGUCACUCUGGACGAUCUAUUCAAAAAGACCAAAGCGACCCCAUGUAUCUACUUCUUACCAUUGACUGAUGAACAAGUUGCAGCAAAGCUGAAGGCGCAGGGAAAUAGCACCAAACAGUAUGCAGGUGUUGCUUCUAGGAAGGAGUUGUUCUGGGCAAUGUGGUGCGAGAUAAGCCAGUUGGUCGAUGUAUUAGGGUUUUCCCGAGGAUUGAGUCGGGUUGAGGACGAGUUUAAGUUAGGUUUGAAACAAUUGAGAUUAGUUUCUUCGAGUGGGCAGACUGAGCCAUGGUUUCUCCGUGUUUUCCUAAGUAGCCGGGGGUUGUCUUUCGGUAUGGGAUCAGUAUUCCCUUCCAAAAUGUGGAAUUUGAGGAUCAUUUUCUUGGUUGUGUACUUUUGUGUUAUUGUAGAAUCUAAAUUAGAGCUAUUGAUGAAAAUAAAAUACUAAUAUAUGUAACGGCACUUCUUUGGGGAA